AUGGGUCAUGAAACAUGGAAGAAUGGUGAAUUGUGCUGCUAUUCGGGUCGAAAAAACGAUAGUUUCGGGCCGUAUAGUAGAGCUUCGACGAGAUCAAAAGCUCCCAUUUGGAUAGUUUUAUGGAGGAGGAUCAAGAAAGGGAAGAAACGAUCGUCGAUUAUGUCGCAAUAUUGUUCGAGUUCAACUAGGUUUACUUAUGAUCCGUACACUUAUUCGCAGAAUUUUGAUCAAGGGUUGAUGUGGGCCGAUUCGGACGAUCUCAACCGUUCAUUUUCUGCUCGAUUUGCUGUCCCAUCGAGGAUCUUUGAGAAGAAUACUUGCUUGAUGGUUUGA